AACAUGGACGCUCUGAUCCUGCUGCUGGUCCUGCUCGCCUCCCGCUACACAUCUUCUGCGUCCACAAUCUUUUAUUCCUCCACACAUGAACCCUCAAGCAUCGGCUACACCGCUAAGAGUCCCUCCAUCAAAGUCACUGACGAGCGACUAUCUGAAGCAGGAGGAACCCACUCGACCACUGGACAGGUCACCGCCUCAGACGUCCACAGCUUAAUAACUGACGGAGAUUCAACAUUUGGGGACCAUGUCUCCAAACCAGAAACAGGGACAACGGUUACAGCAGACUCCAGUCCUAAUACAUCAGCUCCAACAUCUGUUCCAACAUCUGUAGACGACAAAUCUAAACCAGAAACAGGGACGACAGUUACAGCAGACUCCAGUCCUAAUACAUCAGCUCCAACAUCUGUUCCAACAUCUGUAGACGACAAAUCUAAACCAGAAACAGGGACGACAGUUACAGCAGACUCCAGUCCUAAUACAUCAGCUCCAACAUCUGUUCCAACAUCUGUAGACGACGAACCUAAACCAGAAACAAGGACGACGGUUACAGCAGACUCCAGUCCUAAUACAUCAGCUCCAACAUCUGUUCCAACAUCUGUAGACGACGAACCUAAACCAGAAACAAGGACGACGGUUACAGCAGACUCCAGUCCUAAUACAUCAGCUCCAACAUCUGUUCCAACAUCUGUAGACGACGAACCUAAACCAGAAACAAGGACGACGGUUACAGCAGACUCCAGUCCUAAUACAUCAGCUCCAACAUCUGUUCCAACAUCUGUAGACGACGAAUCUAAACCAGAAACAGGGACGACGGUUACAGCAGACUCCAGUCCUAAUACAUCAGCUCCAACAUCUGUUCCAACAUCUGUAGACGACGAAUCUAAACCAGAAACAGGGACGACGGUUACAGCAGACUCCAGUCCUAAUACAUCAGCUCCAACAUCUGUUCCAACAUCUGUAGACGACGAACCUAAACCAGAAACAAGGACGACGGUUAGCACAGACUCCAGUCCUGAUACCUCAGUUUCAGGCACAGAUCUUUCAGUUCUAAACAGCACCCGCAUUCUCUCCUCAAGUCCGGCUGAGUUUGCGACAGACGUAUGGCAGAGUUCAUCGGCUAGAAAUCUUCUUCAGCUUUGGACUGAAGCAGAGACUAUAUCGGAGAACCAAGAAGUUUCAACCUUGAACGCCGUCUCUGACGGCAAUGAUCCUGAAUCUGAAGCUGCAGCUGUGACUCUGGUUCCCUCCACAGGUUCUGCCACAGGUUCCGCCACAGGUCCCUCCACAGGUCCCUCCACAGGUUCCUCCACAGGUUCCUCCACAGGUUCCUCCACAGGUUCCUCCACAGGUCUCUCCACAGGUCCCUCCACAGGUCCCUCCACAGGUUCCUCAUCAGGUUCCUCCACAGGUCUCUCCACAGGUCCCUCCACAGGUCCCUCCACAGGUUCUUCCACAGGUUCCUCCACAGGUUCCUCCACAGGUCCCUCCACAGGUUCUUCCACAGGUUCCUCCAAAGGUUCCUCAUCAGGUUCCUCCACAGGUUCCUCCAGAACCUCCAGAGACUCUAACACCACUGAUUCUCUGGGCACCUCCAACGUUACCUCUGGAGGCAUCCCCGAUGUUACCGUAACCUCCAAGGUCACUUCGGAUGUUAUUUUUGCUUCAUCAGCGGUUUCUAUCACUGAAUCAAACAAACUCUAUUCAACACAUUCAACUCCACCUGCAUCCUCCGCUGCCACGCCUCUUCCAAAGACAGCUUGCGUACCAACGUCCAUCAUGGAGACGCUUCCACCAUCCACCUCUCAAACUCUGUCCAUUUCCAAAACUUCUCUUGGUGUUCCUCUGUCACAGCCGACAUUCUCUACCAUUCACCUGAAAAUCUCAGCAAGCACCGACACUGAAGGCGCUCUUCCUACAUCCCGGGGGGGGAUCACCACCACAAGUCCAACAAACUCACCUGUGACCACCGCCAAACCCACUACCAGUCCAGUAACCACUGCCAAACCCGCUACCAGACCAGUAACUACCAACAAACCCACUACCUCACCUGUAACGACCACCUAUCCCAUUACCACACCUGUAACCACCAACAAACCCACUAUCACACCUGUGACCACCACCUAUCCCAUUACCACACAUGUAACCGAGACCUAUCCCACAACCACACCUGUAACCACUACCAAACCCACCACCACACUUGUAACUGCCACCAAACCCACUAACAGACCUGUAACUGCCACCAAGCCCACUACCACACCUGUGACCACCACCUAUCACACUUCCACACCUGUAACCACCACCAAACCGACUACCAUACCUGUGACCACCACCAAACCAACAGCCACACCUGUAACCACCAACACACCCAUAACCACACCUGCAACCACCACCAAACCAAUAGCCACACCUGUAACAGCCACCAAACCCACUACCACAUCUGUAACCACCACCAAACCCACUACCACACCAGUAACCCCCACCGAAUCCACUACCACACCUGCAACCACCACCAAACCAACAGCCACACCUAUAAGCACCACCAAACCCACCACCACACCAGUAACCACCACCAAACCCACUACAACAUCAGUAACCACCACCAAACCCACUACAACACCAGUAACCACCACCAAACCCACUACCACUCCUGUAACCACCAACAAACCCACUACCACACCUGUGACCACCACCAAACCAACUACCACACCUAUGCCAACCACCACCAAACCAACAGCCACACCUGUAACCACCAACACACCCAUAACCACACCUGCAACCACCACCAAACCAACAGCCACACCUGUAACCACCAUCAAACCCACUACCACACCAGUAACCACCACCAAAUCCACUACCACACCUGUGGCCACCACCAAACCCACCACCACACCUGUAACCACCACCAAACCCACCACUACACCAGCAACCACCACCAAACCCUCUACAACACCAGUAACCACCACCAAAUCCACUACCACACCUGUGGCCACCACCAAACCCACCACCACACCAGUAACCACCACCAAACCCUCUACAACACCAGUAACCACCACCAAACCCACUACCACACCUGUAAGCACCACCAAACCCACUACCACAACGGUCACAUCCAUGACCCAACCCAGCACCAGUUCAGCGAUUGCAGCUCCAACCAGAGCUACCACAGCUUCUACUCCAACUGCGGCCACAGCUGUGUCCCGCUGCUCAGUGAACUUCUCCAACAUCAGCUGGAGCUCCGGUGCUGUGUCAGUAUCCUUCAGCACCCCUGGACCCUCCUGUAGCUUCAGCCUGAUCACCGGGGAGCCCCCCCGACCCACUCCCUGCAACCCAGACCAGAGGGGCUUCACCUGCCGGGUCACAGGUCUGAGUCCCGGGACCCGGUACCGGGUAACGGUGAUCUCAGAGCAGGACGGAGAGAGGGGCAGCACGACGGUGCGCACAGCGCCUCUUCCUGUGCAGAAGCUGAUGGUCCGUCAUGCUGAUGAAACCACGCUGAGCGUCCUGUGGAGCCCCCCCCCCGGGGAGUGGGACGGCUUCACGGUCGUCCUCCGACAGGCUGACCCCCAUCAGAUGGACCCCGCCCUCCGACAGGCUGACCCCCAUCAGAUGGACCCUUCCCUCCCUCAGGUGGCCCCCGCCCUCUCUCAGGUGGCCCCCGCCCCAAUGGAGGUGUGGAGGGUCCUCCCCCGGGAGGCCAAAGAAUUUACCUUUACCACCCUGACCUCAGGAGAGCUGUACACCGUCACCGUGACGACCAACAGCGGCAACCUGAGCAGCUCAGCCUCUGUCAGAGCAUACACCCGUCCGGCCCAGGUCUCUGGGCUGCUGCUGGGGGUUCAGAGCAGCACCGACAGCCUGCAGGCCAGCUGGCAGCGAGCCUCCGGAGUUCUGGACUCGUACCGCGUUCUGCUGGUCAGCGACAGCAGCGUAAUCAAGAACGAGAGCGUGGCGGCGGACGCCACCAGCACCACCUUCCACCUCCUGAGGCCCGGCGCCCUCUACAGGGCGGUGCUGACCACCGUCAGGGCCGGACUCAGCUCCAGGCAGACGGUCGCAGAGGGACACACCGUGCCGGCUGCAGUGGGCGAGGUGACGGUCAGUAACAACGGGCGGCCGGACUUUCUGUCUGUGUCGUGGCGAGCGCCCCCCGGCGAGGUGGACGCUUACCUGGUGACGCUGAGCAACUCUGAGAGGACGAUCCACUCCGUGCCCGUCUCCAAGGCCAGCAACGAGUGUGUGUUCAGCUCGCUGGAGUCCGGACGCCUCUACACCGUCAGCAUCGCCUCCCGCAGCGGCAGCAAGUACAACACCACCCGCGUCCAGGAGAGGACCCAGCCGGCCCCCGUCGAGAACCCCACGGCGACCCACGUUGCCCGUGACGACUACCUGAAGGUGUACUGGCGCCCUGCGGCCGGUGACUUGGACCGGUACCAGGUCUUCAUCAAACACAACAACGUGCUCCUGCAGAACCAGACGGUGCUGAAGGACCAGAACCAGUGUGUGUUCACUGGCCUGGAGCCUGGCAGGCUGUACACGGUCCUGGUCCAGACCUGGAGCGGGAGGUACCAGAGCAGCAGCUCCACCCACGGCCGCACCUUCCCGGCGGCGGUCCGCUCCCUGGUUCUGGUGGCUCAGGGCACCGAGGACCUGCGUGUCUCCUGGUCCUCAGCUCUGGGGGACGUGGACCACUACGAGGUGCAGCUUCUGUUCAACGACAUGAAGGUGUUUCCUCCUGUGACGCUGGGCAGUGGCGUGGGGGACGUCCUGCUGUCCUCGCUCACCCCGGGACGCCUUUACAAGAUCCUGGUGUCCACCUUCAGUGGUCCCAACCAGAGGGCCCGCUUCAUCGAGGGCCGCACAAUUCCCAGCAGAGUGAAGAACCUCCAGGUGAGCGGGGACGGCAGCAGUCUGCAGGUGAGCUGGACGGCGGGGCAGGGGGACGUGGACGGCUUCACGGUGUUCCUGCACCGUGGGGGGCGGCAGCUGGACGUCCGCUCCGUCCUCCGACAGCAACACCAGCUGAGCUUCGGCUCGCUGCAGCCGGGGCAGAAAUACAGCCUGACGGUGCAGAGCGUGAGCGGAGCACUAGUCAACAACUGCAGCGCGGAGGGGCACACAGUGCCGGCGGAGGUAACGGCCCUCCAGGUGGAGGGGCUGCCGCCCACCCGCAGCCUGCAGGUGAGCUGGCAGGAAGCUCUUGGUGUUUCUGACGGCUACUUCCUGCAGCUCCAGGACCAGCGAGGCUGUCUGCUGGCCAACUCCUCUCAGCCCUCUGGAAGAAGCAGGAUCACCUUCCACAGCCUCGUCCCGGGGAAGAAGUACCGGGUCCUGGUGCAGACCGCCAGCUGGGGGGUGCUCAGCGCGGGGGUCAGCAUCGAGGCUCGCACACGCCCGGCCUCCGUCACCGAUCUGUCCAUCAGCGCCAACACCACCUCCGGCCUGGCCUUCCUCUGGUCUCCGCCUGAAGGGGAGUUUGACGGGUACGAGAUCUUUCUGUAUAAGAGUGACAAUUCGCUGCAGGAGAGAAGAGGCGGGCCCUCCAGCAUCCAGCAGGUCUCCUUCCAGGGGCUCAGACCUGGAGCCCCUUACCGGCUGGUGGUGGUGACGCACAGCGGAGCGCAAAUAAACCAAUCAGCUGUGUGGGCCCGGACAGUCCCAGCAGCCGUGGUGUCUCUGCUGGUCCAGACGGGGAACCAGUCCCUGAGGCUGAGCUGGGCUCGAGGGGCUGGAGACGUGAGCGGCUACCUGGCAUCUCUGAUUGGCUCCCACGGGGCCAGGUGGGCGGAGCCUCUGAGCCCAAACGCCACAGAGUUCCUCUUCUCAGGCCUCAGGCCGGGUCGCCUGUAUCGGGUGGAGCUGCUGAGCCUGAGCGGAGGGUGGAGCAACGCAGCCUUCAGCCAGGGGAGGACGGCUCCCAGCCCCCCCACCUCCUUCCUGUUCGGGGGGGUCACCAACACCUCUCUGGAGGUCACCUGGAACGCCCCCCCCGACUGCGACUACGACGGCUUCGAGCUGCAGUGGCUGCCUCGGGACCGGCUGUCCGUCACAGACCCGUAUAGAAGCCCCGCCUCCAGGAGCCGCAUCCUGCAGGGCCUGUUUCCAGGGCGACGCUACACCUUCAGCCUGAGCACCGUCAGCGGUGGGGCCGGGGGGGCCACGUACAGCCCCCCCAUCCACAACAGCAUCCGGACCAGACCCGGGGGGGUGCAGGCUCUGCGCUGCCGCCCCCAGAGCUCCACCUCUCUCUCCUGCUCCUGGACCCCCCCCCAGGCAGACUACGACUCCUUCAGCAUUGAGUGCUCUGACUCGAGGCUCCUGGUGUACUCGCGGCGCAGCAACAACACCACGUACGUGAUCGAGCAUCUGCAGCCGAGCCGGAGGUACAGCGUCAGCGUGAAGACCAUCUCAGAGCAGAGCACCAGCGAGGAGGCGCGGGACAGCGUGCUCACCAUGAUCGACCGUCCUCCGGUGCCCCUCCCCAGCACCAGGAUCAGUGUUCUCUCUGCUGCGGUCACCUCGGUGGUCUUCCAGGUGAACUGCAGCUGGUUCAGUGACGCUCACGGAGCCGUCAGGUUCUUCACGGUGGUGGUGUCCGAAUCUCAGGGUAAUGAAGACGAGCAGCCUCAGCAGCAGCAUCCUCUUCCUUCAUACCGGGAUUAUAAAUUCAACAGCUCCAUAAAGAGCUUCCAGACAGGCUUCUUCCCCAGCAGCUGCAGCGACAGCAGCCAGCACAGCUUCCAGCUGGUUCUGGGCUCGGGGGCGCCUCCUCUGGGCGGGCCCUGUCAGCGCAGAGACGUCCAACCAGCAGAGAGCAGCACCGGCCAGUUCUGUGACGGGCCCCUGAAACCCAGAACUGCAUACAGGCUCAGCAUCCGAGCGUUCACUCAGCUGUUUGAUGACCAGCAGAGAGCCUCUCCUCUGUACAGCGACACCUACUUGUCGCUACCCGUUGUCACCGAGGCCGAGCCUCUGAGCGGCGUGAUUGAGGGUGUCAGUGCCGGCAUGUUCCUUGUCGUCAUGAUGGUGGGGGUCACCGUUCUGCUGGUUUGCAGACAAAAGAGUCGCAAAGUAGUUCAGGAGAGAACGGCGGUCAGGAUGAGUGUGAGGAGGGAGGGCCCAACAUCAGGCCUCCAUCAGGGAGUCAGAGGUCCUAUAAAGGUCCUGAGCUUUGAGAGCCAAUUCCACAAACUGCAGGCCGACUCCAACUACCUGCUGUCAGAGGAGUACGAGGAGCUGAAGGACAUCGGCCGUAAUCAGACCCUCGACUCAGCUCUGCUGCCGGAAAACCGCGGGAAGAACCGGUACAACAACAUUCUGCCCUAUGAUUCCACCCGGGUGAAGCUGUCCUGUGUCGACGAUGAUCCGAGUUCUGACUACAUCAACGCCAGCUACAUGCCGGGUAAUAACUCUCGGCGGGAGUACGUGGCGGCUCAGGGGCCGCUGCCGGGGACGAAGGACGACUUCUGGAGGAUGGUGUGGGAACAGAACGUGUCCAACAUGGUGAUGGUGACGCAGUGCGUGGAGAAGGGAAGGGUGAAGUGUGAUCAUUACUGGCCCCUGGACCAGGACCCGCUGUAUUACGGGGAUCUGAUCGUUAGGAUGCUGUCGGAGUCCGUGCUGCCAGAGUGGACCAUCAGGGAGUUCAACAUGUGCAGUGAGGAUCAGGUCUCGAGGCUGGUCCGCCAGUUCCAUUACACCGUGUGGCCGGAUCACGGAGUCCCAGAAACCACGCAGUCCCUGAUCCAGUUUGUGCGCACAGUGCGGGACUACGUGAACCGGAGUCCUGGAUCAGGACCCACCGUGGUCCACUGCAGUGCUGGUGUGGGCCGUACAGGGACCUUCAUGGUUCUGGAUCAGGUUCUGCAGCAGCUGGACUGCAGAGACUCUGUGGACCUGUUCGGCUCUGUGCGGCAGCUCAGACUGCACCGCUGUCACAUGGUGCAGACGGAGGGUCAGUAUCUGUACCUCCAUCAGUGUGUCCGUGACGUUCUCAGAGCCAGGAAGCUCCGCUGCGACCAGGAGAACCUCCAGCCGCUCUAUGAUCAUUUGAACUACAACUCCCAAAGAGAGACGCUGUUCAGCAGACGCUAACCUCUCCACCCGAACGCCACUUUAUUUUUUUAUCAAAGUUUAUAUUUGAGAUGUUUCCGAACAGAGGAAACGUUAUAAUAUAUAUACAGAUAAUGUAAAGUACAUACACUUCAUAUCCAUUUGAAGUUGUAUAUAUAUAUAUAUAUUCCUUCACUGUUUAAAUUAUGCGUCUGAUUUUCAUGCUUUAUUUGGCAUUGUUGUCUGAACUCUGUGAUGCUGCAGUUUCGUGUUGAUAAGAAUUAUAAAUAUAUAUAAACUACAUGUCAUCAGGAGAAAGGUCACUUUAUAUUAUGUAUGGAAUCAGCUUUGUGUCAUAAAAGAUCAAACAACACUUUCUCAGAAUCAAGCAAAUAUAAGAGUUUAAGAAAACAAUAAACUGAGUCAAGCAAAAUAAAUGUAAAAUCAAAAAUAAAGC